AAGAAAUCGAAUGCUAAAUUUCUCUGUUAGACUGGAAAAACUCAUUACCAUUGCUACAAAUGAAGACACAAAGGAUUUUCAAAUCUUUAGUUCUGCAAUAGGAAGAUUUUGAAGAUUAAAUUACUUUUCGGGGAUUUCAGUUUUAUCUGUCACGUUGACUGGUUGGGCGGUAUUACGAAGAUAUGAUAGAGAAGCCAGUUUUCUUUGAACAGGUUAAGUUAGGCAUUCUCAAAUUCCAUAACGAUAAGAUGGAAAGAGUCACGGAUGAGACUAAUUUCUUGCAAAGUCUGUGUGAGUCCUUGGAAUCAGUCCUGCGUAUGGGAUUAAAGUGUGGACAUCGUCUAUUGAGACGAAAGGAUUAUUGGGAUUGGAUGAAAAAAGUACCACAUAUUUGCCAAGAAUGCGAUAUUUUGUUCAUCCUGGAUAUCAAGAAGCAGUUAGUCAGGUACAUAAAUGUCGAUGUAUUACCACUGCUCAAGGACGUGGACGUCUUCUCAUCCGUCUGUUAUUGAGUUCUGGAACUAUAGAUUUCCCUUUCAAAUUACUACUAAACAACUUGCAUAUAUCAGCUGCAUUUUAUGAACAAUCAGAAUCAGUGAUGGGAAAUGAGAUUUUAAUACAAAUAUUUUCUUCUCUUGUCAGUGAAGUUAGUCGGAUUCCGUUUAGUUUAAAUGUGGAGAACACAGAAUUCCUUGAUGAAACUUGGUCUCUACCAGCAUUUAGAAGUUAUACAUUUGUUCCAUGCAAAAUGCUUGGUGCCCGGGUAGAAACAGUAGAUGGUCAUUAUUUAGUGACAGAAGUAGAUCCUACUGGAGUUGUUGCCGAAGACAAUCAGAUUACUGUUGGGGAUAUUUUGUCUAGCAUGUAUGGUUGUACAUUACGUAAUUCUGGGAUUUUUUUAAACAAUCUUCGAUCACUUCACAAUGGUCAACCUGUUCCCGUUGGUGUUACAAAAGCGCUGAUGCCUGAUGGACACAUAUAUCCUCGUGUGAAGUUUCUUUUAGAACAACAUGGUUAUUUUAACUUAGUUGUAGAGCUUGAAAAGACUGGACAAGUUCAUAUUGUUGACAAUCCCAAAAGUAGUUUUUUUGAUCAGAGACCUUGGUGUCGUUUUCGAUAUAUUGGUCAGUAUGAAGUUGGUCCAAAUGGUGGUGUAAAUAUGAUCAAUCGUUCUAUUAUUUCCCUUCUAAGUAAUUUGAAGAGUUCAAAUGGACAAACUCCGGUGUAUAUUGAAUUAGGUGUACACCGAAAAUCGAGGGAUUCAAUUCUUCACCUAUUAGUCGUUUAUAUCAGUAUAUAAAAUGACCGAACCAAUGGACUCACCCCAUAAAAUUUCAUACCAACGAGUUUUCUUGCCUUAGAAAAACUUUUACUUCCUUCAAAAAUGUAUGUGUAACACAGUUGAUGUAUAACUUUUGAGAUUCUGUAGUUUAGACCUAUAUUUUCAGUACAUUGCUGAUCAGUGUACCAUCUUAAAUAAUAGUAUGACUUAUAUUAUGUUGCUUGGUGUUAAUGGGGAUACCGUGUGAAUGAAGCUAGAUGUAACUGUUGUUUACACCUUAAUAACACCCAGUGACCACAUGGUUUCAAAACCCGUAGGUAGGCUUUGUAAAGUUUUUAAUUAAUAUCAAAGACUAAUGGAAGAUGUUUUCGUCUUUGUUUAACAACUGUGAUCGACAAACAGGUAUUGAAAGAGCUCAACGAAAUUCACAGGAAUAUUGUAUCUAUCAGCAGAAUGUGUUUUGAAACUCCAGGUGGAUUCAAUGUGGAGUUUAAUAGUAUUUUAAAAGUGUAACCAGUACUCGUUUACACUUUUCUUGUGAUUCGAUAACUUUAGUAGGAAAUGGUGAAACUGGAUAACCACCGACUUCUUCAUGUACUGUUAUACAAGGAUUAUGGUGAUGAUUCGUUGUCCCAACCUCUGCAGUUUAAUCUGGGUUGAAACCAGUAAUGGUUAUUCAUUUACACACAUAUUAAAGUCACAGAUUAGUCUGAGAUAUAAAUAACAACAGAAAAUGCGCUAAAAUACUAGACCUGUUUACCAACAAUAAUCGUUCCUUUCGGUACUUCUCACUUCAGUAAUUUGCGGAAUUAUGCCAUGAAAGUUGACCAGCGAUUUCGAAAGAAUAUGACACCCAUAAACAAUGUUGGAGAAUAUUUAUAGCUUAGAGGGAUGAUCUUGGUUGUCUUGCGUCCUCUCAGCUGGAUACUUUCAGUGUCUUCCUAGACAACUUCUUCAACACUAACUUCAGUUUGAAAUGAGAUAUCAGGAUUUCUGUGUGGAAGCUUCAGUAACUUGCCUUGACAAAGUGGUUUGUGUUUGGUGGUUCCCUUUGGUUUUUGUAUCACUGCGUGUGCAGGUUUUCCUAUUGACCUCUCGACCUGCCUUCUAACCUGUAGUUGCUUAACAUUUUGUGUGCUGGUUGAUAGAUUGUAUGCUGUUUGCUUCUAUGAGCUUUCUGGUAUUCUUUGUGUUCCCUCUGUCCAAUAUCUCUCUAUUUUCAAAAUUGAAUUAAUAUCUGUAUCUGUCUACAUGCAUUGGCAUGUGCGACGAGAUGUCGUCACGUUUAAUAGCCAAUUGAUCUAUUUUUGAUUUAGCUUAGUUUUUGUGCUCUGUUAUUCUAAUCGACUCCGGUGGACUACUUUGACCUAUGUAUUUGACUUCGCAACCAUUGUAAAGGAUUUGGUAAACUAGAUUGUUUCGCUUUGUAGGUUAAAAGGUCCUAUCGAUGCAAUUAAGCAAAAUAAUUGGGUUUACCGAAUCCCUUACAAUGACUAUGAAGUCAAACGCAUAGGUCGAAGUAGUCGACCAGGAUCGAUUAGAAUAACGGAGCACAAAAACUUAGCUAAAUCAAGAUUGGUAGAUCCUAAUAACAUAAAAAAUUUAGAGAAAAGCUUGGCUAUAUCUCUGCAUGCAAUUACACACAAUCACACAGUAGGGUGGGACAGAGCGACAGUGGUAAAAACUAACUUAGUUGGGUGGAGGGAGAGAUUGAUAACCGAAUCAUUGUUUAUCGAAUCAACAUGCAGAGAUAGAAAUGAUUCUGCGUCUGUCCCAGAUAUAUCGAAAGUCCUACUACCCUUUUCAUCGCAGAGAAAAAGAGAAUAUUAGGAAUAUAUGAACUCUGUAUCACAGUUAUGGAGUUACCUGAUAUGAAUGUGGACAGUAAAUUGUGUCCGAAAUGUUAUCCAGUAAAUGAUAUUGUUUCGUUUUUUGACAUUUCUAAUAAACUGACUAAAAUGGAAUUGCAAUCCUCUACAAUGCCCAAGUUUUACUCCUAAAUUUAUCCAAUGUAGUUCUGAUCUCAGUUGUUGCAGUUCAUUUUUUAAAUGAUAUUACGUUUGCCUUCUUUGGCUGUUGCGUCUUUUGGUCUGCAUGAUAUGGAUCUUUUAUGCCGAUGAUACUUUUAUUAUUAAUAAAAAGGAUGAAUUAGAAAACGUUUUUAGUUUGAUGAAAAUUGUUUUCGAAUAUAUUAAAUUCAUAAUGGAUAAGGAGUCGAACAACGAACUACCAUUCCUAGAAGUUUUAGCCAAUAGAACCAACGUCGGAGGAUUGGAGACUCAAGUGUGCAGGAAGUCAGCAUACACUGAUCAAAUCCUCAACUACAGUAGCAACAACCCAACAACGCACAAAUCUAGAUACGUACAGACUUUAUUCGAAAAAGCAAGAACACGCUGUAGUAUAACAACGUCAUGGUGAGACGAAACCUCUCCUAGUUAACUAGUUCGCUAGUUUACUAGCCGGUUCUAAGCCCGGGUAAACAGGAAAGCUUGGGCAUAGAGCUAGCAACCCUACCCCGUAAAACCAAUCCAAUCGCUAAAGCACAAAAAAUAUAAAACAUAAAAAUAAACUUAUUCCUCGCUGGAAUCGGGAAGACGAAAUGACUCCACUUGGUGAAAGCCUUCCGGAACCCAAUUGGUCGAUGUGUCUUCUCUCGAUGACAGCGAAAGUAAACAUAGAGAAGUAGAAUGUCCGCACACUGUUUCAAGCUGACUGACUGGCAAGGCUGCCCAAAUUGCAAAAUACAUGAGAAGGAAUAGCAUAGAUGUGCUAGGAAUCUGCGAAAGCAGAGGGAAUGCAAGUGGACUCUGCAAACUGUCAACUGAAGAGUCAAUAAACUACUCCAAUAUUGCCACCCACACGACAACCACGAACACACCGAGUUCUCGAGUGGCUGUCAUGAUGUCCCUAAGAGCAUCUAAGGCUGUCAUGCUGUGGGAACCAAUCUCCUCCUGCAGAAUCAUGACACCAAGAUUCAAUUCAAAAAGAAUGGAAGUCACAAUCAUGCAAUGCUACGCUGUGCACCUACAAAUAAUGUAGAUGAAGUGAAGGAGGAGGAAUUCUAUAGACAACUGCAAUCAGUAAUGGACAAGACCCCACCCAAGUUGGUGACAUCAAAAUUAUAAUGGAUGGUGUUACAUGAAUGCCGAACGGGGAGCGGACAACACAGGAAGAGAACUCAUGAUGGAUCAACAGGCACUCAAUGAAAUGAUGAAUGAGAAUGGAGAACUGUUUGCGGACUUCUGCACAUUCAACGAUCUGGUCAUUGGAGACGAGGCAGUGUGUACAAGCACAAGGAUAUUCACAAAGUGACAUGGACACACUAAAAAUCAGAUCGACUUCAUCUCAAUGUGAAGAAAGUGGAGACGCAGCCUACUGGACACAAGAUCAAAAAGGAGAGCAGAUGUAGUUUCAGAACACUCACUAUCUAGUACAAAGAACCUGCCUUCACAAUGAAGCUGAAAGCCUUCACAGAACUUGAAGUUUAACACCCAGCACAGAAACUGAAGGACGAAACUACAAAUGACAUCUUCACGUCAGUCAGUUAUCAGGAUGAAAUGGUAGACAUAAAGCGACAUACCUGAAGAAACCUGUGUGAAAGAACACUGGAACUCUGAAAGAGAUGUGAAAGGAAACCUGCAUAACUGUGUCAGGAAGGAAGAAGAAGCAGGACAAGGAAUAGAUCUCGACGUAUACAUGGAAGCUGAUUGAGGUGGGAGAGGAAGAUGGUGAAGCAGAAGAUGAACCAGUGCAGUAGAGUGCAGGGAUGAACAACGAAGAGGGGAAGUGAACACAACCUAUAAAACACUACACUGGACAAAGAAGUGAAGAAGAGUGCGCGCAAAGACAAAAGACACUUCUACGACACAUUGGCAAGUGAAGCAGCACAGGCUGCAGGUAGGAGAGACCCUGACAACACCAUAUAAAAUAACCAUUUUUAGGAGGGGAGAGAUCAACAUAGCGCAGAUCAUAGUGAAGGAAACUUAGUUAGCAAAGAGGACCCAAAGGACAAAUAAUGGUGAAACGUAGAGAAUUACUUCAUGUCUGUUUACAAAGAACAGCAGUUGCCACUCAACUUCAUCAGUUGUCUGUCCAAUUCAUGAAUAAACACAAAGUCGUUGAGGAAAAACAACCAACAUAUCAUCCUACCAAACAUAAAGAAUAUAUCAGAUAUUAUGAUAAGACUACUGAGAAUAUUUGGAAUUUAUGUGGUUCACAAACCAACAAAUUCGCUUCAAAGCUUACAUGAACAUCAGUCGAUAGUUGAACGUCACGACAUUGUGUCAUUUAUAUGCCUGGAUCUGGACAACUGUGGACAUGAAUUCAGUUUUGAAAAUGUAGAAAUUUCGGUGGGAGGAAGCCCGGAAACUACAAAAUAACUCGUAGAUGGUUGGUACGCAUAUCAGUAAGCAUGCAGAUAGAUAGGUAGACAGACAAACAAAAUCAACGUAGAACCCCGCACACAGGUUUAUUCGUUCAAGUUGCCAUACUUCCUAGUAGUAUACAACCAAUAGGUGGAUCGAAAAAGAAUGAUAUCAAAGUAGAUGGAGUCGUGUGAGAGAAUAAACCAUUCGCAGAUAGAGGUCAUUGCGAAUAUUCAAGCUUUAGAAGACGCUACUGGAACCGAUUCAUAGCUAUUUCAUUAAGAGACUUCAGCCACUAGUUGCUAUUGUUUCAUCCUGGUCAGGCAGUUUACAUCUCUCCACUUGGCUCAGACCAACAGUCAGGGAUUUCACGAACUGGUGCCAUGUCUUGGCCUGGCCACCCUGAGUCUUCUUACAACCUAAUCCAACUUCCCUAGCCAGAAUGACAAGUCGAAGUAGGCUGUAGGUCAGCAUGCGCAGCACAUGUUGAAGCCAUCGAAACGGAUGAGGGUUCAUAACCUCAUUAAUCCACUUGUCUGGCAACGAAAGCUUCCCGAUUAAACCAGAGAAGGCAACACAACCAAGAUCUAAAACGUUUAUUUAUAAUUUAAAAAAAUACACUAAGCAAACAGUCCUGGCAUUCCUUAUUAAUCCAAUGAAAUUCCUGACUUAUUAACAUAAUUCCUUCCACACAAUAGCGUAAAUCGAAUUGCUAAGCUCGAAACCUGUUGUUUCAAUAACCGAUAACCUGUGGUGUGUAUACUUAUUUCCCCUGCUUCCUACCAACUCAGUGGCGGAACCUUACUAACCUCACAUUCCGUUUAUCAUCGAAAAUCAAAAUGAGCUCAAUAUACACUGAAGCAUGGUUGGAGUACAGACAAACACGCCACAGGUGGUGCUAAUCCCAUAUGAACCCACACCAUGAUUAGCUUUAUUGCAGUAUGAUCUAUCUCAGGGUUCUUUUAUGUAGAAUAGCCAGCCCACUAGGAAGCAGAGCGGUGGUUAUGGUGGAUAGCAGCGAUGGUUGAAAAUCACAGCCUGUAAGAUGCUACAGUUGACGACUUUUAUUAUGCGGACAUAUACGAGAACGUUACCAUUGGGUUCUUGCCUAAAAAGCCUAUGGUGCACGCAUACACACGCUCCUGGAAGGCACCACUUUAUUUGUCAAGUGUAACUAUUUAAGGUUGACAAUAGCUUAGUAAUAGAAUUUUCCUUUUUUGUUGUAUCUAAGCUUCAACCUAUGCACUAGAGGUGUAGAAAUUGAAUGUGAGCUUGGAAAGCUAACCAAUUAUGUGUAUGCAUCUUAUUCGUUGUCGUAAUGUAAAUUAUUUGUAAAAAUACUACAUUCCUUUAGUUGGCUGAGAGAAAUAUAUUCAACCACCGUAUUGUUAGACUUCAUAGUCUGAGUAUUGAAUUCUCCUACAUAGGAAACAGUCUACAAGUGUAGUGGGCGCUGGUGAUCAGAAUGGAUAUGAGUAGUAUAUGUUGAGAGAGCGGCAGAAAUCAUAGGCAAUUACCAGCAAUGGGUAAAUAUUCUGCCCGGAGAAACCCAAGAAGUAAUGUGGGCAUAUGAAGAGCGAAUCGAGAUACUAGCAGAAGAGGAAAUGAAACACAUUGUGCGAAUGACUGUCUUAGUGAAAAGUGUACAGUAUUUGAUGACUACUAUACAAGAUGUCAGUAAUAAACAUUUCUUCCUUCGUCUCCAUCUUGUCGUUUCCUACAUCUUCAUUUCUAUUGCCUUUGACAGUUUUAUCAUUCGCAUAAAUAGUGUACAUUGUAUUCUUUCCGUGUAUAUUCACUGACUUCAGGUGAACUAGGUGUGACUGUAUGGGAAAUAGAGUUGAGAAAUGAUAAAAUUGAACGUGCUAAUCAACCACUAUUACGUCAUUCCUAUCCUCAAAUAUCUUCAUGUGGUCGAAGAACUGAUGAAACAAAUUAUUUUGCUUAUAUAGCCGGGGAUGAAUCAUGCACUACAGCAAAUCACUUCACUUGUUAUGUGUUUGAAUCAGUUGACAGAGAAGAAGCUAGAAGGAUUAUAUCUGGUCUAUCAUUGGGUUUCGAUAGAACCCAUUGGACUCUAUAACAUUUUAGAUGGAUUCGAAUUUUUGAAGAAGGAGGAGAAGAAAAGCAAUCUCUUAUCCAUUGUUUAUUGUGAUAAAUUACUUAUACUACUCGUUUCAAUAAUUUCAUCUUUCGUCCAAUUCUGAUUUCACUUAUUCCUAUUUAAAAAUUGAUAAUAGGCGGCUAAUUAUUUCAGUUUUUGGCAUUUCCUUAUGGGGACAUAUAGUGUAAUUGUAUAACAUUCAAAUACUUUUAGUCUUGUUUGUUUUUCAUAACCGAAAUAUCGAUUAGUGGUUCGUAUUUUUUGUCCCUCAUGCACUCUUUAACUUAUUUUAUUUGUCAAGCAUAAUUUCUAUUUUCUUCUUUUAUCUAUUAUUUAUUGAUUUGUACCUGUAGGUUUUUUGUUCAUCAGUUGAGUAUGUUAGGCUAUUCAUUUUCAUGUCAUGCGUAUUGUUCAUACUGUGUGUGUGUAUGUGUAUGUAUGUUUCUGUUUCCCAUGACUCAUCAACUAAAUGAUCUUACACCAUUGAACAAUCUUUUAACACUGACGGGUGGUGUAUGCAUUUCGCUGUGAUAUACUAACUGUUUUAAUCUGUUAUAUUAUUAUGUUUUGGUAUUGGUGUGAAAAAAUUGACGUGUAUCGUUAAUAAUAUAUAUGCAGUAUGUUUGUUGU